UGUAACCCACGUUUCAUUGUGGGUAACCUUCAAUAUAGAUAAGCGGUCUGCAAACGGAUAAUAAGUUGACACUAGAUUUUGAAGUUAUUGGACAGAUAAAGUUAACUGACUGUAACGAAAUGUCUACCUUGGUGCCGUUGUCACGUUGUACCUUCACCGCUAUACGACAGAGCGGCCGGCGUGGAUUCAGCACUUCUGGGACUUAUCAUAGCAAAAAACAUUAUCAGCUGUUGGUGGUGGGAGGCGGGUCCGGCGGCUGUGCUACUGCCGCCAAGUUUGCCGGAAGACUGGGAAAGGGGCAUGUCGCUGUCAUUGAUCCCAGCGAGAUGCACUACUACCAGCCCAUGUGGACCCUGGUGGGAGCGGGGCUGAAGACGCUGCAGGCCUCGGGGCGAACCAUGCAGUCCGUGCUGCCCAGCGGCUGUGACUGGAUCAAGGAUCAGGCAGUGAAGUUCGACCCUGACAGCUGCACAGUGACCACAGCAAGUGGGGAACAGAUAGGCUACGACUUCCUGGUGGUAGCGAUGGGUAUGCAGCUCAACUACAGUGAGAUUAAAGGUUUACCUGAAGCGUUCACAGUGGACAAGUCGGUGUGCUCCAACUACUGGAGUGAGACCGUGACACAGACAUUCCCAGCUCUGGAGGCGCUGCAGGGGGGAAACGCCAUCUUCACCUUCCCCAACACCCCCAUCAAGUGUGCCGGAGCACCUCAGAAGAUUAUGUACCUAGCUGACCACUACCUCAGGAAGGCGGGCAAGAGAGACAAAACCAACGUGAUCUUCAACACCUCUCUUGGGGUCAUAUUUGGGGUGAAGAAAUAUGCAGAAAGACUGUUGGAUAUAGUCAAAGACAGGAAUAUUGAGGUGAACUAAAGACGGAGCCUGGUUGAGGUCCGGCCAGACAAGAAGGAGGCGGUCUUUGUGGACCUGGACAGCCCAGAAGGACUAACUGAAACAUACCAGUACAGCUUCUUACAUGUCACCCCUCCCAUGUCGGCACCCGACCCACUCCGACAGAGCAGUCUGGUCAACCAGGAUGGCUACCUGGACGUCAGCAAGGAAACCCUGCAGCAUGUGAAGUACCCCAACAUAUUUGGUAUUGGUGACUGCACUAGCGUGCCGACCUCUAAAACAGCAGCCGCGGCAGCUACUCAAAGCGGUAUACUGAAGAAGAACCUGCUGGCCGUUAUGUCUGGUGGUAAACCUCAGAGUCAGUAUGACGGCUACACGUCUUGUCCUCUCCUCACUGGGAACAACAAGUGCAUCCUGGCAGAGUUUGACUUCGCUGGCCAGCCCCUGGAGACUUUCCCCAUUGACCAGGGCAAGGAGAGGAGACUCAUGUAUCACAUGAAGAAAGAUUUCCUGCCAGAGUUGUACUGGAAUGUUAUGCUCAAGGGCUACUGGAACGGUCCAUCCUUGGCCCGCAAGAUGCUUCACCUGGGAAUGUCCAAGUAGACCUGGGGAACAGGCAUCAGCCAACAUGGAUGCCCAGGCAGACAAGGAUCCAUAAAUCCUGUGAUUGUACAGCAGUUUGGUGGAAGGCAGCUGUGACUGAGUGACCAGGGGACGUCUGUGAUACUUGCCUCUUCAGCUUUGAUGCACAGAUGGAUAAAUGACUGGUUUUAUUAUAAAUGUUUAGAUCAGUUAGAUUAUCAAAUUUUGUGAAUAUUUUUAAGUCCCAAAUACAUCUAUGCAUUGUAUUAUUUGUUUAGUGUUCUUGGAAAGCUUAACAUUGUUUUGAGGGGGUCGUGACCAGCAGGCUGCUGAAGAUAUUAAGAAAAUGAUCAGUACACAUCUCACCGGGCAGGUGAUGUUUGAUAACAGCAGGAGUAGAUCAGUGUCUGGGGCUUGCUGAGUGAUGAGUGGAUAUAUUUGAUGUCCGAAGUCACAUGGGUUAUCACUUGUU